CGCACUCUUGUCUCGGAAUCGCACUGUUGUCAUAAUUGCACUGUUGGCUUCGUAAUUGUGCUGUUAGUCUUGUAUUCAUGCUGUUGGCCUCAUAACCUCUCUUUUGGUUUCGUAAUCACACUGUUGGUCUCGGAAUCGCACUGUUGGAUGUAUGUUGUUUCCAUUGUUUGCAUCUUAAUUAUCCCAUGGAUGCUGAUAGCAUAUGCCUGUCUGCAUACCUAUAAGCAUUCAAAGACAACGUGGCCCAGGGCUGUCUGCAUCUUGCGUUUGCUUCCAGAGAGGCGAGUACAUCUUCUCACUGGUGGAGGAGGAGCUGGACCUGCUGCUGCUGGGUUUGCAAGUUGGGCAGGAGAAGCUCCAGUUGCUGGUCCAGGACGGUUCGGGCCAGCGUCGGAUCACCGUGAGGGGUGUGCCGCUGGCGGACGGCCGCUGGCACACGCUCGUGCUGUCCGUGACAGGCCGCCAUGCCACCGUCACCAUGGAUUGUGACACCCUCUUUGAGACGUCUUACGACAGGCCGUUUCCCGUUGCUCUACGUACCACAGGUUCCAUGUUCUACAUUGGCAGCCGCAGAGCUCUGAGAGGGCUCUUCUCGGUAAGGCUCCGCUCUCCUGCCCCAGUCAGGGUGUCCAGGCUUGCUGGCUCACUCCCCACCCCCCCUCAGGGAUUAUUGCGCCAGCUGGUCCUGCUGCCCGGGUUGGAUGCCGCGUCACGGAUAUGCCCCGCGUCAGACCCCAGGCUGGCCGUCCUCUCAGUCACACCCGCCCUGCUGGAGAUCCCCGUUAUUCCUCUAGGCGACGAAGCCUUGACGCAUCCACAUGGUGCAGGAGCCCGUCUGACCCAGGGGUCGCGCCCCCCCUGCGCUGAAUCAAAGCAGGCUCAGCUGUGGUUUGACACGGUGGAUAACGGUCUCUUCCUGUGCGACGGACUAACCUGGGUGGACAUGCUGCAGAAAAGGGAAAAGCUGGACUACCUGGAGGAUCACCAGGACCUGCACACGCUCUCCGAGACGCUGGACAUCGAGCUGUUCCACGUCCCCUCCCUGGGGCUUUUUGCUGCCAUGGCUAACUGGGAGUCCAGCUUCGGCUCCCGUAUAUACAAGUGGACGGACGGGAAAUUCCAGCUGUACCAGAACAUCAGCACCUCAGAAGCACUGGCCUGGAAAUUCUUCACCGUGGAUGACAAGAUGUUCCUGGCAGCGGCCAUUUCCAAAGAACGGGACCAGGGGGGGCGAGAGCUCUCUGUCAUCUACAAGUGGAGCCCACAGAGGCUCCAGUUUCUGCUGUACCAGUCCCUGGAGACACACAGCGCCCGCGACUGGGAGGCCUUCCACAUCGGGGGAGAGGUCUUCCUCGCGGUGGCCAAUCUCAGACAAGGGAACAACAACCACAACAUUGACAGCGUGAUCUACAAGUGGAACCCGAGUACAGAGGCGUUUGAGGUCAACCAGACCAUCCAGACUUCCGGGGCCUAUGACUGGGAAUUCUUCACUGUAGGACCCUACCACUUCCUGGUGGUGGCCAACACCUUCAAUGGUGUGUCUACACACAUUGAGUCCAUGAUCUACAUCUGGCUGGGCGGCAUCUUUCAACCCUUUCAGGCCAUUAUGACUCUGGGCGCAACAGACUGGGAGAUGUUCCGGAUUGGAAGCCGGGUCUUCCUGGCAGUGGCCAACAGUCAGAAACUGUGUCAGGAAGGUCCAAGUGUGUAUGCCCUCAACUCCACCAUCUAUGAGCUUGACAUGACCAUGAAAAUGUUCCUCAGGUUUCAGGACAUAGGAACCUACAGUGCAGUGGACUGGGAAUUCUUUACAGUGGGAGAUGAAAAAUUCCUAGUUGUGGCCAAUUCCUUCAAUGGACAAUUCCAUUCCCUGAACAGUGUAAUAUACAGGUGGCAAGGUUAUGAGGGCUUUGUUCCCGUUCACCGACUUCCAACCAUCGGCUGCAAGGACUGGGAAUUCUUCAAGUCCACAGAGGACUCCUAUCUCAUCUACUCCAGCGCCACGGAGCCCCUCUCCAAGGUCCUCAGGCUGAAGACCUUCUGAUAGCCCAGGGAGUCCUGAUCACGAAAUUAAACCGAAUGUAGGAUACGUCUGAUUUCUGGGCCUCUUAUUAUAUAAUUACCUUAAAAAAAUGUUUAUUGUGGUAAUAAAAAACAUAUACUGUAUACAGUGAUUUCAAUCAAAUAAAAGAAUCGUACCUAUUA